AUGUCAGCAGCAGCAACAGUAGCAACAUCAACAACAAGGAGGUCAAUUGCAAGCUCCGCUCGUACUCUAGCUCGCAGCCGAUGCGCUAACGUCGCAAAGCAGCCCAGCAUACAACUCUCGCGAUUGUUCUCCGGCACGACUUGGCAGCGUGAUACCGCUCAACCCUCCCUCGGCAGCAGUCCGGAUCAGCACAGCACAUCCUCCUCGAGCACACACCCGGAUGCAGCAACACAGCUGUUACUAGAGACGAUCCCUGCUAUUCCACAGUACGGAUUCACAAAGGAUGCCUACCUCUGUUCUUCGACCGCUGCGGACAGGCUGAAGCGGGAGCGGAUCGUGCACACGCUGUUCCCGGGACCGGCAUCGACGUUUGACGCUCGGCUGUUCACGGCGUGGAACAACGUGUGUGAUCUUGCUGUUGUACAUUCUGUGUCGCCCGAACGUGUUCUAGGCUCGUUGAAGAGCGGGCAGAAUGUAGGAGCGAGGGAGAGCAAGCCGGUACGAACGCAGUCCAGCCUGUCCAAGGAUGCCGAAACCAUUGCGCUCGCCAAAGUAGCCAGCGUCAUCGAAGAGCGGCUGCGACUCAGCUGGAGUGUACGCCACCAUUUGACACAUGGCUUGACGGCACUCUCCACCCUCUCACCCACCACCUCGACGCUACACUCGAUCUUCCCGCACCAAACCCUGCUCCCGAACCUCCCCACCCCACUACCGCUGCUCGACCUCACCUCGACUUUCAUCGAGACCGUCCUGACGCAGGGGCAAACGGGAUGGAUCGACCCAGAUACCACGGAAUGGUACGCGGUGCGCGCGCGGCUGACGCUCGCAUACACCGCUGCCACGCUCCAUGCUGCCUCGAGCCAAGUGCUGCACUUCCAGGACACGCAGCGGCUGUUUCAGAGCGUGGUGAGCGGGAGAGAAAAUGGCCUGGCUGCGACGGUGGAGGAUGUGGUGGGCAGGGCCGCAGAGUGGACUCGGUGGGGCGGCAGGGGGUGGUUGGGGGUGUUGAGGAGUUUGGGGUUGUAA